AUGAUCCUGUUAUGGGUUACACUGCUUGUUCUUCAUCAAGGAUAUUCACUAGUUCCAGUUACCACAGUUCAACUUGGUGAACCUGCAACCUUCACAUGUGCUCUGCCUGAUAAGGGGAUUGGCCGUCCACAGCUCAACUGGUACAAGCAGAGUGCCGGGGAAACUCUGAAAUUAAUUGUUAGAAAGGGUAAAUCUACAAAACCUGCAUAUGAACCAGAGUUUCCUGAAUCAAGAUUGGAAAUGAACAAUGAUAACAAUUUUAGCAACCUGACCAUCCUGAGGACAAUCCAAGAAGAUGAGGGAAUGUAUCACUGUGCAUCCACAGAGUGGAAUACAAGUCCUGUAUGGAGUGGGACAUAUUUGUUAAUAAAAGGAAAUACUCAGAGGACAUCAAACUACACUGUUGUUCAGUGGCCGACAGUAUCUGAUCCAGUCCGUCCAGGAGACUCUGUGACUCUCCAGUGUUCAGUCCUCUCCGACUCUGGGAACAAGAUGUGUCCAGGAGAUGACAGUGUGUUCUGGUUCAGAGCUGGAUCAAAUAAAUCUUAUCCAGACAUCAUCUACACUGAUAGAAGAAGACAUAAUGAAUGUGACAAGAGAUCUGACACUCAGAAGAGUUGUGUUUAUCGCUUCUCUAAGAACAUCAGCUCCUCUGAUGAUGGGACUUACUACUGUGCUGUGGCCACAUGUGGGGAGAUAUUAUUUGGAGAUGGAACUAAACUGGACAUUGAAGGAACCAGCGUGUGGUCACAGAAGGCCAACACAAUUAUUUUCUCGGUUAUCUCGGCCAUAAGUCUGAUUGUUACAGCCGUCCUCAUUUACGCCAUCCAGAGAAACAGUGCUGCUGUUGCCGAGCAAAAACACAGUGGUGGUCAGAAAAUUCCACAGAGAGAUGAAGACAGAAGUAUUUAUUCUGCUGUCGUCUUCACUGUGAUGAAAACUGGAUGUGGUGCGAUAAAGGAUUCAAAAGCAGCAGAGAGACAGAGGAGCUACGCUGCUGUCAAGGCUUUUGGGUUGGAUUAG